GGUGCAUUAUUAGAUCAUGUUUUUUCUAUUGGAGAUAAAUACAUAAAUAUUGGCUGGUCAAAAGAUGCCUUGAUCGAUUACAUUAAAAAACAAAAAUGUUCAGCUAAUAAUCCAAUUAGAAUAUCAUACAAAAAUACAGGUGAAUUACCAGCACCAUUAAAGCUUGGAGAACCUGAGGAAUGGUACAAACGACAAAAAUAUAACCCAGUAGAUGCUAUUUGUCUUAAUCACUAUCUAGCAACAGCUUCUAGCUCCACACCUGUUAGUUUACUUUGCUCAAUUUUUGGCAAGUUUAAAGACUUAUGUAAUGAAGCUUCAGAAAGUGAAGAUAAUCUUUUCGCCCUUAAAUUUUGUUUUGAAAUGUCAGAAUGUUAUAAUUCUGAAUCGGAACGUCAGGCUAUAGCAAAUAGAAUGUUAUCUAAAUAUCUCAACCAUUUUGUACAACCAAUUGUGUUAUCUGAAAAAGGUUACCGUUACCGUACUGACGGCACUGUAUCUUAUGGUCCCAAUGCAUAUCGUGAGCUUAAUGUAGAAUAUAGAAAGUAUAACUGUAGCUCUGAUGCUUGUCCUUAUCUUGAAAAUUGUGGAUAUUUUUUAGCUUUCUGCAAGGAAAUGGAAAAUCAUCCUGCCUACAGUGUGACUAAUUUUCCAUGCUUUUUAGUUGUAAUAUCUGGGCCUUACUUUUCUAUUUCUGGUGCUGUGUUUGCAAAUGUUGCUAUAGUAGACCCGCUUACUGUAGUCUUUCCCCUUAUUUGGCAAAAAUAUGAUGUAACAAUGAUGAUAUCAAUUUCCAGAACAUUUCGUGCUUUAAAAAUCUCUCUCCAACUUCUCGAUCAAUAUUAUGCUAAUGUUGAUAAAUUAAUUCAAGACGUACCUCAAGCUGCCCAUCCCGUGCAUCCUUCAUUUCCAAAAGUAAUUAUAGAUGAUAAAUCUUACGUGGUUCAAAUUAAUUGCCAACUCAGCACAUUUCUUCUUUGGGAUAUUACACUUGUAAAUGAACAAGGACCUCUUUUUACAAGCUGCGUGAAAGCUGUUCAAAAGCAUCAAUAUUCACUUGAUACACAUCAACUCUUAGCCGAAGUUGGAUAUGCCCCAAAGGUCCUUGCUACUUCAUUCCUUCCUGGAAAUUGGCUUUUGAUUUAUAUGGAAUGUCUGAGCGAUCAUUCAAUGUUACAUAAUAUCUCUUACCUUGACGAUUCAGAACGAAAUUCUUUAAAAAAGAAAAUAAAAGAAGUUGUCGAGUAUUUGCAUAAUUUAGGACACGUCCAUGGAGACUUGCGUGAAGAAAAUAUACUAGUUAGACAACUUGAAGAUAAUGAAUUUGAUGUGAAGUUAAUCGAUUUUGAUUGGUCUGGAAAGGUUGGUUCUGCACGUUAUUCUCCCUUUAUGAAUCAUGAAGAUAUUCAAUGGCCAGAUGGAGCAGAAGAUUUUAAACCAGUUACAAAAAACCAUGACCUUUUUAUGUUAGAGCAGACUUUUCGGAAAAAAAAUUUGUUAUAG